UCUCGCAGCUCAGUUCAACAAAUGCCGUCGUUGUGAGUAGUUUGGGAUCGAGAAGAGCUCGAGAAACCUGCACCGCACCGCACGUACACCGGGGUGUGUUGUGUGCUUGUGGCCGUAGACCGAAAGAAUCGCUUCGAGGGUACGAGACCAAAGUAAACGGGAGGCACAAAAGCACUGCCUGCGAGUUGGUUUGUCGCCGAGAGUGUUGGCUAGAACGGAAAAAUAAACAGCAAAAACGGUUUUAGUUCAAAAGCAGCGGCGCUCGUGGACGUGACGUAUCAAGUGUCAUUUUACAGUGAACGGUCAGAAACAACUGUGAAGAAGCGUCCAUCACCCAGCGUCUGUUGUUGUGUACUAAAACAAGCGCCUACGCAUACUAAGCUACCGUACUAAGUGUAGAACAGGGCACUCGUGAAAGUGAAAGUGCAAUCGGUGAAACACACAAGUCCCACGUGCAAAAAGCGACAGCAAAAAGGAAGCGAGUGAUUUUCUGCCCCAAAAAUCAAAUCAUUCUGGUGCCCCUGGUGUGUGUGUUUUUGUGCGUGCGCGUGUGUUGUACUAACAAACGGCACUGAUUUCGGCCCUUUAUCGUGGCUUGCGAUAGUGUGUGGUGGGCACACGCUGUGUUCUUAUUUGUUUGCUAGAUCGAUUGUUCACACAGGCGCGCACGCGGAGCUGACAAUCGAUACCGCGAUAAGCAAUAGAGAGAGAGAGCCCGCCCGCGCAAGAUUGCAGAGUGUUUGUGCGCGUGUUCAAUGUGUGUGAAAGAUAGAGAGUAAACAAAAGCAAAACAAAGUGAAGAAGAAAAGGCAGAACGAGUGAACCCAACACCCCUAGACAACGCGCACCACGCGACGGUUUGGUGGAAUUAAUGCGUUCGGAGACAUCGCACGGAGAAGACGACCCCACAACACCGCUCCUGGUCUGCUGUACGCUGCAGGCUAAUUGAACCAAUCAGUAUCCCCUUUUCUUCCUCUCUCUCCGGUGCUCCCUCCAAACAGUGAUUGCAAUAAAUGUACUCCAUGGUGGAAUACUACAGCGACAUGGGACAAAUCGGGCAGGACUAUGGCUCAAAGAAUUCGCCAACAGACAGCUCGAAUCUGGACCAUGUCACCAAGGUGAUCGCUUACCAUCCCCGCUAUCUGGACCACUUUCUCAACACACAGAAGUUCGUCAUGCAGUGUGAUGGGCCGCUACCGUACGACUAUAGGAACUACAUAGCGAUAAUGGCCGCUGCCCGCCACAAAUGCACGUACCUGGUUAACCUGUACGAAGAAAUCUUCCUAGCGAACGGUGGCGACCCGAACUGGCUGAACGGGCUCGAACACAUCCCCCCGAAGCUACGUGCCAUUUCCGACAUCAACAAAAUCCUUGCCCAUCGCCCGUGGCUACUGAACAAGGAACACGUUGAGCGACUCACAAAGGGACAGAACAGCUGGUCGCUGUCCGAGGUGGUGCACGCGAUCGUGCUGCUGGCCCACUACCAUUCGCUGUCCUCGUUCGUGUUCUCCUGCGGCCUCACCCAGGAGCUGGACGGCGCUAGUCACAAAAUCGAAAACAAUAACGUUCUCACCCAGAAGACUGCCUUCAACCGUUUGAAUGAUCUGUACAAUUCUCAGCAUCCCGAAAACCUCCCGAAUGGUGAUGAUGCCAAUAUCCGUCCGGAAGUGACCGUCGAUGCGCUGAUGCAGCGCAUGAAGCGCCUGUCGGAGAAGAACGACGAGUGCAGCGAGACGGAGCUGAGCAAUCGCUUCAAGCACGUGGAGCAGCAGGCGGCCGAGCUGCCGCCGGUGGUGCGGGAGGCGCCGGCCGACGUGCCGCAGCAGCUAGGCCGCUACGUGGACGAUCCCGGCUUCACAUAUCAGGACUUUGCGCGCCGCGGUGCGGAAAACAUUCCGCAAACGUUCCGGAUACAGGACUACUCCUGGGACGAUCAUGGAUACUCACUAGUAAAUAGGUUGUACAAUGAUGUCGGUUUCUAUCUGGACGACAAGUUUCGGGCGGCCUACAAUCUAACGUACUACACGAUCGCGGGACGGACGAAUGUCGACACGUCCAAGUUUCGUCGUGCCAUCUGGAACUACAUCCAAUGCAUCUACGGCAUCCGCCACGAUGAUUACGAUUACGGCGAGGUGAACCAGCUGCUCGACCGCUCGCUCAAGAUGUUCAUCAAGACGGCCUGCUGCUUCCCGGAGCGCAUCACCAAGCUGGACUACGACAGUGUGCUGGUUGAGCUGCAGCACAGUGAAAAGGUUCACAUCAAUCUUAUGAUCUUGGAAGCCCGCAAUCAGGCGGAGCUGCUGUAUGCCUUACGCGAAGUUAUGCGAUACAUGACAUGAUUACCACCGGCACCGGCAAAUGCCAGCCCUUCGGCCAGUUUUGUGAGCCUGCCUACCACAGUGAAGGAGCACGAAUGAUUGGGCGGGAAUUGCGUUUUUGCGGGAGGAGGAUAGCUAUAUACAUACAUAUAUACGGGGACAGAUAGAAAGAGAGAAAACAGAGAGAACAAGGAAUGCGUGAUAUAGGCAGGUAGGAAGAUGUUGAGAGGUGCUUCAGGUUACAAACGUUCAGAGAAGAGAUGUGUAUUUUUUUUUGUUUUUAAAAAAGAGGAAGGAUAUUUGUGAACGCAAAGUUGUUGCUGUUUGUGUUAUUGUUGUUAACUAUAUUGUACUAAAACCCCUCUCUCGUCUCACGCCACGGAUGCGUCGUUGUUGAAGGUGUGCAAGAUACGCGUGAUAGGAGGUUGAACUUUCAAACUGGAAAGGAGAAGUGUGUAAAGGAACGUUCGCAAACGAAACCGGAGCCUUGGGUCGACCGGAGUGAUGAUGUGCAAGCAAAAUGGAAUAUUUAGAUGGGUGAUAUAGUUUUACAUAAACACAUAUUACAUAUAUACAAACACAUGGACACACGAAAACACAAAAGGGUUGUCCGCGAAACGCAAUGGACCGUCAGACCCUGCAAAAUGUACUAAGAAUAGGUUGCUGCUUGAUGCAAACACGAAAAAACGGUAAAGAAAACGUUCAGAUACACUAGCAUAUGUGCGCCACACCAUUCAGAGAGAAGGAGAGAGAAAGAGGGAGAGAGAUAGAGGGCAAGUUAAAGCAGGGAGGCAUGGCAUCGAUAUCUAAACGAAACACAAACAAGCUAAUCAUUGCCCAGGAAACAUCUAAGCGUUAGAUAGUUUAGAACCCCUACUCCCCCCAGUUUUUAGUCCCGGGACGCGUACCCUACCCCCUCCUCCUCCCUAUUGACGAUGUCCAAUUUUCGGAUGAAUGUUGUUUUUUAAAAAACUUUGUAUUACCUAUUGAACGGACGAGAUGCGCUCACACGGCAAGAAGAGAACAUAGGCGGCAGAGCAGUUGGUGUGUAAUAAGGAGUAAGCAAUUGGGAUCGAAAACGAAGCGUAAAGCCGGUCACUAUACGAGUGGCAUAUUGCCCCAUACUAGCUAAACCGCAUUCUGAUCUCACUGUGAUAAGGUUUUACUUCUUUUCAAGUGCUGCCGCGGCUACUACUAUUUGCAAAAUCACAAAUCGAAACGGGCGAGAAAGCGUCGCAAAGCUUUCCCUACAUUAGGCGUGUAACUGUGCAUUAAAUAGCUAUUCAAGCCUGCUACUGCUACUGCUUCCAAUUAUGCCAUAUAGCCAUAUAGGGUGAUAUCCUUGUUGCAAUUUGUUGUUAUUUUAUCUUCUUUUUUUGUAUUGACUGGAUCUUCCAACAAAUGAAACCGAAACGAACCACAAUCCUUAGUACUGUUUUGUUUAGCAACAGCUGUGCUGUAGUAACUGUCCGAAGUUUAGCUAACGACACACAAUACCACCAACCAGAUUGGUUUGACCGUUUUUGGGUUCGUUUGGAUCGAGUUUGGAUGGUAUCGUUCCCAUCUCAGUUUUUGUCCUGAGAGUUUUUGUUACAUGCAAUAUAUAUUUUUGUUUUAUUUUUCUCUAAUCGACGAACGAUCCUUAUUGAAUUUUAGCAUGCGUUGCAUCAAAUGCAACGUUACUUCAAACAAGGAUUACACUAUUUGCUUUCCUCAUAGGAACGUGGUUCUGCUGUUGUUUACGUUACUAGAUCUGCUACCAAAUGUUAUUUGCGAUUCGCAAUCAGCGAUCGUGCAUGCUUUUACAUGCUUUCUACAACUCACCAAACUGACCUUUGUUGCGAACCAACUAGUCCACUGAUACGGCGCAAUCUGUAAGCGGAAACUGUACAUUAGCUAGAUUGUCGGAAUUUUAUGUCAAAAAUCCCAAACUUUCCCUCGCCUCAAAGCAAAGAUGCGGUAUGGUUUCAAGGAAAAGGAAAGUACGCAUGAAUUGGUUGGCAACACAGAGCUGAUGUAUUACCAUGUCGAAAUUUAACCGUAAAACAAGGCUGUUAAUCAAGUUUGCCGUACAACGCGUGUACAGAACAGUGCGCGCGUUUGCAAGCAAGUGUUCUCUUGCUGUAUGAAGCAUACAACAACAAAAAGGCCAGCGUGCAAAUGGUGUGCAUAUAUGUAGAUGUACACAAAAAGAAGAAUACAAGUAUGAGUCGUGAGAAUGAAUUUUGUAAAAAAGAGAAAUCAUCAAAAUAAAUUUACAAAUACUACUCUCCUA